AUGCACGCAGCAUUUCUAGGCGCUUCAAGAGGAUGUGGUCUUCUCAUACUUGAACGAUACCUGAAGCAAAAUGAUGCUCACACGGCGAUUUUGUUAGUCCGUGACCCCGAUACGAUCUCGGACGGGAGAAUUGGAGGCUUUGUGAAUGAGGGAAGAGUUGAGUUUGUGAAGGGGUAUGCUACCAAGGUGGAGGAUGUGAGGAAGAUAUUCGAGAAGAAAGUGGAUGUUGUGAUAACUUCGAUAGGCGGAGCAUCCACAAUGACUAUCACUGGUGCCGUACUGGAUCAACCACUCAUCAACACGGAUGCUACAGUAGCUCUUCUCAUCGUCCUCGGGGCGUUAGACUACACUCCUAGGGUAAUAGCUGUCAGCAGUAUGGGUGCUGGUAAGAACCACUCGGUCAUGCCUUUGUUUAUGAGGAUGCUCUACCCUCUCAUGCUUGGUAGACUCCUUCGUGAUAAACAAUCCCUCGAAUACCUUCUCUUUCGAGCGUCCACCAACAUGCCUACACCCAAGAAACUACCUCCACUACUCUCACAUGACCGAGUCAAUAAUCUCCGCGAGUCUUUCCUGCCUGAAGUUAUCAUCGUUCGGGCUGCUGCAUUCGACAAAGAGGAUGAACCCGCCCGAUCCAAGGACAAUGUGGUCGCUCAUGAGAAAGCGAGCGUGUAUUUCGUUCGGAGGAGUGAGAUCGCAAGGUUUAUCGUUGAGGAUUGUUUGACAGGAGACAUAUGGGUUAAUAAAGCGCCAGUGGUGGGUUAUAAAGAUUGA